UAGGAUUACUUCCAACUCUAGUGUGCCAUCUUUACAAAAGCAAGCAACGAAGAAGCCGCGCCGUAAAAUUGUUUUCGUUAAAUUACUCAAAAAAGAACCUUUAAAGUAACUUAUAUAGACUUGCAAAAGCAUUUACCAGUUUAUAGAAAGACAUUGUCAUGGCUCUUGUGAAACCCAAGUCGGAACUUACUCCAGAGGAGCUAGCUCGCCAGGAGGAGGAAGAGUUCAACACGGGCCCGCUGUCAGUACUUACACAAUCAGUGAAAAAUAACACCCAGGUCCUAAUCAAUUGCCGCAAUAACAAAAAACUGCUUGGAAGGGUAAAAGCCUUCGACCGUCACUGCAACAUGGUCCUGGAGAACGUUAAGGAGAUGUGGACGGAGCUACCGCGCACUGGCAAGGGCAAAAAGAAGGUUAAGCCCGUCAAUAAGGAUCGUUUUAUAUCGAAGAUGUUCCUUCGUGGCGACUCUGUCAUUCUCGUUUUAAGAAAUCCCCUGGCAACUGCAGCGGGUAAAUAGUCUACCGUAGCGUACAGUAAAGUUAGCCACCAAUUACAAUCAAUAAAACCAAAAGCGAUUCUCUAUACUUUAACAAAAA